GAUCAGUACUUGAUCAUAUAACAAACCCAACCCUCUUUCCUCAGACAUGCACAUGCUCUGCCUGUUCACAUCACUCUGCUUCAUCUUCUUGCAUGAUCUUCUAGCCUCUUCAUCAUCGUCAAGUUGUUUUUUCAUCUUGGUUAUGGUUUUGAAGUCGGGGUAACUUGAUCAGACUAGAGGGAAGUAUGCUUAAUUGAACCACCCAUGGGUUUGUUUAUUCACUUGUUUAUCUUUGUGGUGUGUUUUUCUACCACUUUGGGAAAAAAUGUUGAGCACGCGGAACUUGUAGUCGAUUCAACUGUAGUACUUGCUGAAACGGAUGAAAACUAUAUAUGUGCCACAAUUGAUUGGUGGCCUCAUGAUAAGUGUAACUACAACAAUUGCCCAUGGGGGUUUUCAUCAGCGAUGAACUUGGAUUUGAAUCAUCCUUUGCUUUCGAAAGCUGUUGAAGCUUUUAAGAGUUUAAGAAUAAGAGUUGGGGGAUCUCUGCAAGACCGAGUAAAAUAUGAUAUGGGAAAUCUGGACUACACUUGUCAUCCAUUUGCAAAAGGAGAUGGGUUGUUUGGAUUUAGCGAGGGAUGUUUAAACAUGAGUAGGUGGGAUGACCUGAACAACUUUUUCAUGAAAACAGGUGCAAUAAUGACAUUUGGCUUGAAUGCACUAUAUGGUAGACACAAGAUUAGCCACAGAGAGUGGGGAGGAGACUGGAAUUUUAGCAAUGCCCAUGAUUUUAUGAACUUCACCAUUUCCAAAGGAUACCAGAUAGAUUCUUGGGAAUUUGGUAAUGAAUUAAGUGGCAAGGGAAUAGGUGCAUUCGUUGGUGCUGAACAGUAUGCCAAAGAUAUUAUUAACCUAAAAGCUAUAUUAGACAAGUUGUACAAGAACUUUCACCCAAAACCCUUACUCGUUGCACCAGGUGGAUUUUAUGAAAAGGAGUGGUAUGAUAAGCUUCUUGAGGUUUCAGGUUCAAACGUUGUCAAUGUUAUUACGCAUCAUAUAUACAACUUAGGACCAGGUGUUGAUCCUAAUAUUGUGGAUAAAAUUUUAAACCCACUCCACCUGAGUAAAGUAUCAACGACUUUUAGCAGUCUCGAACAGACAAUAAAGAAAUAUGGUCCUUGGGCUUCCGCCUGGGUCGGAGAAUCUGGGGGAGCCUAUAACAGCGGUGGUCGUCAUGUCUCUGACACCUUUGUGAACAGCUUCUGGUAUCUGGAUCAGCUUGGAAUUGCGGCAGAAUACAAUACUAAGGUUUAUUGCAGGCAGACCUUGAUUGGUGGAAACUACGGACUUUUGAAUAUAACAACCUUUGUGCCCAACCCUGAUUAUUAUAGUGCACUAUUAUGGCAUCAGCUUAUGGGAAAAGGGGUUCUUUCUGUUGAGAGUAGUGCUUCUCCACAUUUGCGGUCUUACGCACAUUGUUCAAAGGAAAGAGCAGGUGUUACUUUACUUCUAAUCAACUUGAGCAACCAAACGUCUUUUAAAACGAGUGUUCAAAACACGGCAAGCAGGAUAGUGGUUACCAUAGAGGAAAUCAGUAAAAGGAAAAAGACUUUUGUGCAUCAUCUCAAGGAAGCUGUUUCUUGGAUUGGAGUCAAAGCAUCAGAUGUAUACAUAUACAGAGAAGAAUACAACUUAACUCCGCAAAAUGGUGAUAUCCGAAGCAAAAUUAUGCUUCUUAAUGGAGACCCGUUAAUUCUUACAAGUGAUGGGGAUAUUCCAAGUUUGGCUCCGGUUCAUGUAAACACAAGUUCUCCGUUAUCAGUUGAUCCUUUGUCGAUUAAGUUCAUAGUACUGCCCAACUUCAUUGCUCCAGGCUGCAAAUGAUGUCAACAUUGCAUCCUUUACUACCGGUACUGCGUUAAAAUGGUUUUAUGGCUAUAGUAAUUUAUGUUGCAUUUGCAUAAUCAAAUGUUUAGUGUAAGUAAUUGAUUAUACAAAUUGAUGGGGAGAUUCGUAUGCCUCUCCAACAUGUGCGAGCUAAGCUCGUUAGAAAUUUCAUCAGUCUAAGUAAAUUUCUUGGUUGGAAAUACAUGAAUCUAUUGUCAAAAUCUUAUUUAUUUGCUUUUGGUUGUGCAAGUUCUUGCAUAUAUCCCACAAUGAAAUAUACAGAUUUUAUUUUUUUU